GGCAGAGGGAGGGGCUUGCUGGGAGGGAUUAGACGUGGAGGAACGCUGAAGGACACAGGGCAAGGUCGAGGAGAGUGUUGGGAGUCAAUUGCUUUGUAGAGAUGAAGAAUGACCAUGAUCCAACCCUGUAAUGGAAUGGGAGGUGAUGGUUUGCUUUAUAGCUGCUCUGAAGAAGCAUGAAGUGGUUUUGUGUCGUACUGAGGAGAAAAAUACCACAUCAUGUCUGGGCAUACUCAACACUGGUUCUUAAGAAAGAAAAACAAGUUCCAUUUUACUGCAUAUAUGGCCAUAGACAGUGGUCAGAUCACAAGCCUAAAAAAAUUAAAGACUUUUACAUGCUGCUAAAACUUCAGGAAGGCUGCUCUUUGGAUGAUGUUAGAAAUUCAUAUCGAGAUCUUGCCAAGAAAUACCAUCCAGACAGUGGUUCAAUUACAGCAGACUCUGCAGUUUUUGUGCAAAUUGAUGAAGCAUACAGAGCAGUAAUUAAUGAUGUGACUGAGAAAAUGGAAUCAAAUGAAAAGGAAGAGGAAGAAGAAGACAAAUUGAAGUCUGUAGCACCACAACACAGGCAAUAUUUAAGUUUUGAAGGUAUUGGUUUUGGUACUCCAAGUCAAAGAGAAAAGCAGUAUAUGCAGUUUAGAGUCGAUCGGGCUUCUGAACAAGUCAUGGAAUACCGCAAACAGAAAAUGGAGAGCCAGUUUGCUACAAGCAGUGCAAUGUUAGCGAAAGAUAUAAGACAAAGCAAGAAGGUAAAAAUCACUCAGGCAAUUGAACGGUUGGUUGAAGACCUCAUUCAGGAAUCUAUGGCGAAAGGAGACUUUGAUAACCUCAGUGGCAAAGGAAAGCCUUUGCAGAAAUUUUCAGACUGUCCACAUAUUGAUCCCAUGACUCACAAUUUGAACCGGAUUUUGAUAGACAAUGGAUACCAACCAGAAUGGAUUCUAAUGCAGAAAGAAAUACGGGAAACAAUUGAAAAACUGCGGAAUGAUUUGAUUGUUUCCAGGAAUAAACUGGGAGAUCCGCUAACACCUCAGAAUAUGAAACUUUGGAACGAGGGCUGUGAAUGCUUUACAGAAAAUAUCAGGACUUUAAACAAAAGAAUUAAUGAUUUCAACUUAAUUGUCCCUAUUCUCAGCAGACAGAUGGUGCAUUUUAAUGCUAGUAAAGAAAUUGCACGUGCAGAGGAACUCUGCAAAACCCAGAUGAAAAAAACAAAGGCUGCAGAAAACACAAAAGAACAUAGCAGGAAAACUGAUCUCAAUACUAGUUUUUUUAAGUGGAUGAAUCUUAUUUUGAAGUAAGAUUGAUAUUACAAACACUUGGUUUCAUUAAGACUUACCUCAUUUCCAUAAAAUAUUUAGUUUUCCAUUUAUUGAUACAACAAGCUGCAUUUCCUAUUUUGCCAUAAAACUAUACAACUACAUCAAUACAUUUCUACUAGUAAAGCCUUGCUUUUGUCAAGAUUCCUUCAUUUUCAUGUAUGUAUUUUCAUGUAUUAAAAGAUGGUUAGUCAAGCUGUGUUUACAACAUCUGGAAAUAAAACUAUAGAUAUGAAA